AUAUAUAUAGUUCCACUUUUCUUUAUAGUCAUAUGGCCACUCAAGAUAAACUCGACAUUUUACUAAAGUGGUUCAAAGACAAUCAAGUAGAAUAUGAACAAGAAAGUAUAGAUAUCCGGAUCAAAGAUGGAUCUUUCGGUGUUUAUGCACUCAAGAAUCUUCCCAGCAAGAAAACAGUUGUCAAGAUUCCAAAAGAAAAUAUACUUUCCAUCAGAACAACAGGCAUUGCCAAUAUCUUGGACGAUGAAUCUAUUGAAGGUGGUUGUUCUCUGGCUUUAGCCGUCCUUUAUGAAAUGUAUCAAGGCAAAGACUCUCCCUGGUAUGGCUAUCUUCAAUCUCUUCCUGUAUGCGAAGACCUUCCUAUUUUUUGGUCUGAUACUGAAAAAUCAUACUUCAAAGGAACUGAAAUGGAACAUGCUGUGGAGAAUGAUUUACAAGAUCUGAAAGAUGAUUAUGAAGAUAUCGUAAAACCUCUUUUGGUCAAGUAUCCUGAUGUAUUUCCUACAGAACAUUUUACUUUUGAACAAUUUCAAAAAGUGACGACUUUGGUGGCCUCUCGUGCUUUUGAGGUGGAUGCCUAUCAUGAAAACGCCAUGGUGCCUUUUGCAGAUAUCUUCAAUCACCGAUCCGGGAAUGAACAUGUUCAUUUUGAAACCGAUUUCGAAGUGUGUGAUGCUUGUGGUGCUUUGGAAUAUUGUGAACAUCAAUACCUUCAAUUUUUGGAAAAUGACGACAAUAGCGAAAACGAUCAAGAGAUGGAAGGAUCUGAAGGGGAAUGGUCUGAUGAUGAUGACGAUGAUGAUGGAGAAGAAGAAGAAGGACCAUUGAAGGAUUUGGAGCAAAUGGAAUUGGAAGGUAUAGACUUUUGGAAGGAAGAAGAUGAUGAUGAUGAUAACAAAAAGGAUACAUGCGACAUGGUAUUGGAUCGAGCGGCCAAAAAGAACGAAGAAUUAUUUAAUACAUAUGGUGAUCAUCCCAGUAUUACUUUACUCAACAAGUACGGCUUUUGUUACGACAACAACCCCAACGAUUAUAUUUCUGUUAGUGAAGACAACGUGGUGGAUCUUUGUUUGGCUGUGACGAAAGAAAUGUUACGUUCAGAACACAAAACUAUGGACGAUGAAGCUCUGGAUGCCUUGGCGGUGGAUCGUACCCGACCCCGAUGGGAAUUCUUUUUACUCAAUGAAUCCAUUCUUUGUCCCUCGGCUGAAGAUGAAGAACAAGAUAUGAACGAAGAUGAUUACGAGGAAGAUGAUGACGAACAUGGUCACGGACAUGACAACAAUGACAACGAUGAUGAUCACGAACACGAUCAAGACGGAGGAUGUUGUGGUGGAGAUGAUGAACGUGGACAUCAACAAGGAAAGUCAUACUUUGCCAAUGUGGAAGGAUUAUAUGAAGAUACUCUUACUUGUUUAUUACACAUCAUGUUUGUGGAGCAAUCUCAAUUUGACAAAUUCAUCAAGGAUACUCAACAUGCGGUGGAUUACUUUGAAAAGAUGGCAUCAGGGAAAAAGAUGGCAGAUCAAUGGAAGAUGAAGAAAUGUGUGUAUCAAGUAUGCAAGGCUCUUUCCGAACAUAGACGUCAAGAUUAUUUGGAUCCUCAAGGAAAAUGGAUCUCUGUACAGGAUGAUUUUGAAACAAGAAAGAAGACGACCAACAAACGGGAAUAUUAUGCUUUAACUUGCCGAAUGAACGAAAAGAAGAUCAUUGAAAAAUCGAUUGAUUACUAUGAUACCAUGAUACAACAAUGCAAACCACCCACGGGAUCAUCUGGCACCAAGCGAAAAUCAAAUGCAAAGAAAAUUAGGAAAACAAAAUAGAAUUCAUUGGAUUAUAGAUGUAAUUUGUAUUAUUUUCAAUAGAUGUAUUCAUAUAUG